GGAGAUACUGCUUAAUUCCUCCUUCGCGAGGAGCUAAUGGCACUGGCCGGUCACAGUGGGUAGUUCUAGCUUUCCACCUCCCUCCUUGAAAGCAGGUCCCUACGUGCUGCUUAGCCCUGUCUGCUCCAAGCCCGCCAUGUCUCCCAGGCUCGGAUAGUGCCGGCGGUUACCAGGCCGCGUCGCCAUGGCAACGGCGCCUUUUAAAGGCGGACGGGGAGAGUACAGGCGGCUGCCGCCAUGGCUCACGGAAACCCCGUGCCUAAACUCUACAAGUCCAUUAUUGAAGAUGUGAUUGAAAGUAUCCAGGACCUGUUUGCAGCAGAGGGAGUAGAUAAAAAGGUUUUGAGAAACCUGAAGGAGCUUUGGGAAACCAAGGUGAUGCAGUCUAAAGCAACAGAAGGCUUCUUCAAGCAUAGCCACCAUUCUUCACACUUAACUCUACAGUUGCCACACAGUUUUCAUCAUGUUUUGCAGGCUUCAACAGCUUCUUUGGUUAUCCCAACCGGAGGAGGUUUUCAGCAUUUCAUGGCUGCAGACCUGGGUGCUUCACAAAAGGGUGCAACUCUUACUCUCCCUUCCAGUGUUGCUUAUCCCAUACAUGUACCAGCUGGAGUGACUCUGCAGACAGCAUCUGGGCAGCUUUUUAAAGUAAAUAUGCCGGUUGUGGUUGCACAUGGUCAAGGAGAUGCAAGUAUGCAACAUCCUCUUCAGCAGGUGUUUCAGCCCUUUGUCCAGCCUUCAAUUCUGAAAACAAAUGUUUGCACCGGUGCAACACUAGUAACAUCUUCUGUCCAGGAAACUGCUAAAAUGUCGCAAAGCCAGAAGACUGAAGUCCAGCAGACUGUGGUAUUUCAACCAAGUGCCUUGCAGAAUAAGCACCCAGAGAGCUCCACCAAUACUAUGCUGUUCCAGCAGCAUGCAGUGAGUCAGCAGGAAAUUGCAGCUAAUGCAGUGUUGAAUCAGCGUGCAGAGUUAACAGAAAAAUCCCAAUACAGCAAUCUUCAUACAGCUGUGUUUACUUCAGGAUCCUCUGAAGUGUUUUCUCCUGCUGAAUCCUUGGCAAACAACCCAGGCAGUGUGCUGCUGCCAGGCAUGGAGGGGCUGUUAGACAUGAAGGCUCAGGAAUCGGUGCAACAGCAGGUGUCUGAUAUCACUGAGCUAAUUAUAAGGGGCAAAAGUUUAGAUGAUAACACUGCUCUGAAAGAUCAGGACAGUGAGGCUCCCACUGACAAGGUGGAGUCUAAUUUACAGUCAGAGAAGGGUAUCUGCAGUGACAUUGAAGACAUAAUUCAGCUAGAUGGAACUGGUGAUGGUUCUCCCAAGGAAGUACUCCAUACAAAAGAUAAAGAAGAGAAUGAAUUCACUGACAUUAUUGAAUCAGAGGAUCUGAAAAUUCUGGAGAAUGAAGAUGAUGAAGAAGUUGACAGUAUUUCAAACUCCGAGUCUAGCAGCAGCAGCUGUGAUAAUGAAGAUCCCCAAACAGACAUUGUUGAGGAGGACCCAUUAAAUUCUGAUGAUGAUGUCAGUGACCUGGAUAUUGCAGACCUGUUUGACACCAACAAUGUGAUUGUUUGUCAGUAUGACAAGAUACAUCGAAGUAAAAACAAAUGGAAGUUCUUCUUAAAAGAUGGAGUGAUGUCCUUUGGUGGUAAAGAGUAUGUUUUUGCAAAAGCCAUUGGAGAUGCAGAGUGGUGAAACCUCACUGAAGUAUGAAUGUUAAGACUGGCACUAUUCCUUUCCAAACCAUCUGUUAAACAACUAGACUUUCUAUUGUUUUGCCAUAAAAAAAACCCACACAAUUUUCUAAAAUAUGUAAAAUCUGUGGUGUUAAUACAUGCAAAUUAAAAUAGUACUGUUAGCUACUAAGUUGUCUCCUCUUUUAUGAUUAUUUCAUUACUUUUCCAGUCAAAAAGCAUUGUUGAAUUGAGUAGCUUUAAAGUCUAGAAUGUUGAGUUAGUAAGUCAUUAGAGAAAGCCAUAGAAUACUAAGUGACUGUAUGUAUUAAGUUCCAGUUUCAUUUCUUUUGUUUCUUUUUUCGUAAAUAAGAGCUGGAGUAUGACCUGAAAUAUGAAAAUAAAUAAUAUCGCUUACAACAGUGUAGUUUUAAAGACUGAGAUUUAACGUCUGUGCAAGUGUGAAACCUGUGGUUGUUACAGCUGAGUAUUUUUUUCUCCCCUUUUCCUUUGCUUUUUUGUUGUUAAUUAGUUGUGGGUUUUUUUGGCUUCAGCUUAAAAGCAGGUAUUCUACAUGCAAGCUGGGAAAUGUGGGUGGAAGACCCUCGAGCUCAAUAUAUGAGAACUAUUAUUGCUUAUUCUAUACCUUCUCUGUCUGCUGGGAUGCAAUGAAUGGUGUGAUUUUUAACACUGGAAUGUGAAUUAUUUUCAUUGUCAAUGUGAAGUCAUUUAACUUUGGUUCUGCAGGUAUCCACUACGUUCUAUGACUACAGACCAGUAGGCUGUGAAUGAUGCAAAUUGUACGUAAUAAAAAAAAGUCAUCUCAUA